CUGAAUGUUAGAUUAUUAAUAAUAUGCUAUUUUAGUAAUUUUUACUUUUUUUUAAUUCUGUGUAUUAAGAUCUGGUUAGGCCCAAUAUAUAUUUACAAUUUUUAUAUUUAGGCGUAUCGUUUGAAUUAUUUUUGUGGGAAUCGUUUGCUGUGUUUUCUCUAGAAGAAGAAAUUGUCCGGAUGUUGCUUUUCGAAUGUAUUCUCACCUCCGUUUAUUUAGUCUAACAGCAAGCUUUGGUAUGAAUACAAACAAUUUUGCUCUGACUUAUCACCAUGGAAGUAUUGAAGAUGAUGGUUGAAUCUUUUUGUGAUGAAAAACAGGAUUAUGUGAUGGAUAUCAGAUUGGUUAAAAAUGAAGAAAUAUUUUUAGUAACUAAUAUCUUAACUGCAAGUUUUGAUGAGAGUAUAAAGGUGAAGCUCUGACAUAAACAUGGAAGUAUUAAAGAUCAAAGAUGAACCAUUUUCUGAUGAGGAGCAGGAUACUUUAUUGGAUAUCAAACUGGUAAAAAAUGAAGAAACUUUUACACUAUCUAGCAGAACAGAAGAAGCUGAUUCCUUAUCAGAAAGAUCUUCAAAUACUAUUUUGAAGUUUGGUGUAGCAAAAAAGGAACAAGAAGAGAACUAUGAUGGAGAAACAGAGAUUGAAAACAAAGCUAUUGAAGUGAAAACAGAGCAGCCUGGUGAUGUACCACAUGAUGAAGUUAUUUCCAAGUUCAGUGAUAGUGAUAACAAUGAUCUGGAUAGCUUAGAAUAUGGUGUUACAAAUAUGAAUGAAGAAACUGAAUUUCAAGAUGGCUUACAACAAAUUUGUUCUGGGUUAGAAAGUAUAUCUGAUGUAAAGACCAACUGUAAUCGAAAUCAGUUUACUGAUGAUCAUUUUUUAACACAAGAAGGUCCCUUUACAGAAAGAAAAAUUGGAAGAUCUCAGAAACCAAACAAUAGUGGUGUGUUUGUAAAAAAGAAUUCAAAUGGAGAUAAGCUAAAACAAUCUGGUAUCCCUUCUAGUAGUGACAAACCAUACAGCUGUGAAAUGUGUGGCAAACAGUUUGGAAGACUUAGUAACCUAAAAGUACAUGAGAGGAUACACACUGGAGAGAAACCAUAUAGCUGUGUGGUGUGUGGUAGAGAAUUUGCAACAAGAGGAAACCUCAAAAAACAUGAAAAGUUACACACUGGGGAGAAGCCAUACAGUUGUGUAGUGUGCAACAAAAAAUUUGGAAGGAUUAGUAACCUAAAAUCACAUGAGAUGGUACAUGAUGCCAAGAGAACACAUAGUUGUGUAGUUUGUGGUGAAGAAUUUGUAGGUAGCAGUAACUUAAAAAAACAUGAGAGGAUACACACUGGGGAGGAACCAUACAGUUGUGUAAUCUGUGGCAAAGAAUUUGGAACAAAGGGUAACCUAAAAGUACAUGAGAGGAUACACACUGGAGAGAAACCAUACAAUUGUUUUGUGUGUGGCAGAGUAUUUGGAACAAAGGGUAGCCUCAAAAAACAUGAGGUUAUACACACUGGAGAAAAACCAUACAGCUGUAUAGUGUGUGGCAAAAACUUUGGAAGAAAUAAUAUACUGAAAGCACACGAAAUGAUACAUACCACAAGGAAAACCUGUAGUUGUGUAGUUUGUGGUAAAAAAUUUGUAUGUAAUAGUAACUUAAAAAAACAUGAGACAGUACACACUGGAGAGAAACCAUAUAGUUGUGUUAUUUGUGGAAAAACGUUUGGAAGAAAUAGUUACCUAAAAAAACAUGAGAAAACACAUACAGGAGAAAAACCAUACAGUUGUGAAGUUUGUGGUGAACAAUUUGUAUGUAAUAGUAACUUAAAAAAGCAUGAGACAAUACACACUGGUGAAAAACCAUAUAGUUGUGUAAUAUGUGGAAAGAAAUUUCGAAGACAUAGUUACUUAAGAAGACAUGAAAUAAUACACACUGGGGAGAAACCUUACAGUUGUAUAUUGUGUGGCAAACAAUUUAGAACAAAUAAUAAAUUAAAGAUGCAUCAGAGAGUACACACUGGAGAUAAACCAUACAGUUGCUUAAUAUGUAGAAGAAAAUUUGCAAGAAAUUCUGAUAGAAGAAUACAUGAGAGGACACACACUGAAGAAAAAUCAUACUCAUCUUGAAGUAAGUAACAAGAUAUUAAGAAAAAUUAUGACCUGAAGAUACACGCUGGGGAGUAACCACAGAGCCGUUAAAUAUAUAUGUGGAAAAAAUUUGUUAAUAAAAUAGUUGCUUAAAAUUACAUGAGAGAAACCAUACAUUUAUACAGUAUGUGGUGAGAAAUUGGAAGUUAUAAUCACGUUAAUACAAUUCUAGAGGAUUCAUACUUGGGGUAAGCCACGGAAAUAUGAAAUAUUUAGUUAUGGUGUACAAUUAUGACAGGGAACACUUGCAUGAUUCAUGUGUAAAAGCCACAUCAGUACGACGUGUGGAACUGUAAAGCAUCAGGUGGUACAAAUUGUAGAGAAAGCGUCUGGGUAUGAUGUAUUUAGUUACAAUUUUUAAGAUGGUUGUUAUUUAUUAAAACUUCGAGAAGCGGAACAAGUAAGAUAAAUGUAGUGUGAAGUGUGUUACAAAGGCCUUCAGGGAAAAACAUGUUAAAUAUCACUGUGUAUAUAAUAUAAUAAAAUCCUUUGCAAUGGUUUUCAUUUAUUGGGGAAAGAAAAAUCUCCAUGAUUACCAAAAUAUUUUUUUUAAUUAAAACUAAAGAGUUGUGAACAUUUAAGAACAGUUAGAUGAUUUUUUAAUAUUAAACAGAUUUGUUAAUAAUGACAGGUUAGUUUUACAUAAUAUAACUCUUGUAUAGUUAGGAUUUGGAUUGGAUACCAAUCAUCAUUAUGGUUAGUAACUUAUACAGUAAUCAAAUACUAACUGUUUAUUUGUUAGUUUUUUUGUAUUUUAGUCACUGAUUAGAAAUUAGUUUUGACAAUACAUUUUAUUUGGUGCCAUCUUAAGGGAGAUCUUGAAAUGUAUAUUGUGGCAAAUCUAGAUUCAAAUCUGGGUCUUUUUGUUAGAAAGUUAGGGUAAUUCCCACUUCUCUGGGUUCUUCUCACACUGAGAUUUGACUGAUUUAACUAUUUUAUAAGUAAGGUAUCUAGGCUUAGCUGAUUUCUGAGCUCAGUGGGAUAAGUGUGUUAUCUGUUAACUAGAUCUAGAAUGUUUUUUUUCUUUUGUGUGUGCAUAUGGCUCAAAUCCAGUUGUUUUGUUGGUAAAAAAAAUGGUUAAAAGAUCAUUUGUUUGUAUGUGUAAUCUAUUGUGCCUUGAAUUCUGACAUUUGUUGGUCUUUUUUGUUUCUCCCAUAUAUUGAAAUUCAUAUUCAUAGAGGUUUUACUUCUCAUUUCUUCUUUAGGUUAAUUGGUAUGCACUAACUACUAUCAUACUAUGUUAUGGUUUCUGAAAACAUGAGCAAUAUGACUGUGUUUAUAUAAUUUCCUUCCUGCUUACUCUUAACAUUCAUCUUUUCCUUAAAUAUUCAGGGUAUCCAUUGCCAAGGAGAACCAUUCAUCUUAUCAUCUUCUGUGUUACAAAUCUUGUUGUAUUUGAAGACAAAGCAGCCUGUGAUAUCCAAUGUUAUAUGGUGGCUUGGUGUACAGUUAAAGUGUUUUCCAGUAUCUAAGUUGUUUUUUUUGUAAACUGUUGUGUAUGAGUUACAUAUCUGGAUGAGUAUUGUUUCUAGGUAAGGGGAACUUGUUAUAUUUUUCUAUUGUGAAUUGUAUGACUGAUUAUUGUCUGCUUAUAUGGUUCAUGAAUUUUUAAAUUUUGUCAGUAGGGUGUGGCCUUAUUACAUAUUUAUUAGCAACAUAUCUGAACCAUCCUGGUACUUAGAGGAGAUGUUUAGAUGGUGUUAAGUUCUAUAUAAAAAAUCACUGAAUUCCAGUGACAAGGGUCGUGUCAUAGCUAGGCCUUCGUUCAACAUGGGAACAACUAUUCUCUUCUAGAGAUAAUCCUUAAUUUGUUUAGUGUGGACAAAACGUUUGAAGGAGUAGAAAUCUAAAAUGCUGGAGGGUUUAAUGAGUAGAGAUAACUAUCGAAGUAUGAUGUUGGAAGUAGUAGAAAUCUAAAAUGCUGGAGGGUUUAAUGAGUAGAGAUAACUAUCGAGGUAUGAUGUUGGAAGUAUUAAUCUAAAAUGCUGGAGGGUUUAAUGAAUAGAGAUAACUAUCGAAGUAUGAUAUUUGUGUCCUAGCAUCUUUAAAUGUUCUGAAGUAGAAACAGGUCAAAGACUGGAGUUAAAACACAAUUUAAAAUGUUUUUCAAAGAAUUGGAGAGAGAAUAUUGUUACUAUAUGAAUGAUAUAAAACCAUAACUUGUAAGAAUUGUCAGGUGUUUUGUAAGAGAAAACAUCUGUGUGAUUUCAUGAAUCCUGUUAUGAUUUGUGGAAUUAUUUGCACAGGUUAAAUGAUAAUAAAGAUAAAAACAAUGACAAGGUUGCAGAAGUUUUGAUUACUGCUUAAUUUUCACUAUGGGCCAUUAAUCCUUUUUUUUUUCCUUUUAGGAUUCUUUAAGCUAGAGGAAAAAUUUUGUAGCACUUACGUUAAUUUUAAACAUUGUUAUUGAAGCAUAACCCAUCACAAGUAGAUACAUUACUGUUUAUUGUUAUUUUUCUGUAUUGAAACAGAUACUUUCCAAACUGCUUUAAUUUUGUAUAUUUUAACGUUAUCAGUGUACAAGUUGGAUGUUUAAAAUUGUUAUCUUGUUAUAUAAAAUCCAAUAAGUUUCUAGUUCGAGAAUGUUCUGGAAGCACAGCAGUGUAUAAAUAACCAAAGUGCUUGUCUUUGAGUAUGUAAAUAAAAUCAGUCAUCUGACAAACAUAACAGAAUAGGUUGUAUUUUGGUUUAAACUUAUUACUGUA